AUGGAUCCAGUAGGACCAUGGUCAGCAUAUGCUUCGUACAAUCGGCUAGCUGGUGUUCAGGCUGGUGCUGCAAGUGGAGAUUUUCAUCACCACCUAGCAAGCAGUGGAACAGGCCUAGGCAGCCAAUCGGUGCCAUCAACCACAAGCCAAUUGUUACUUCAAGCAGCUCAUACAACUGCAUCUCUCGCUGGUCAAUUGGGGUCAUCAACUGCAUCACCAUUUAACCCUAGUAGUUUUCUAUCACCACCUGCUGUGAGCUAUGAUGCUGUGUUUUCACCGUUAUUUCACCCUGCAAAUCCAAAACCUGCACACUACAGUUCUUCUUUGCAACAUCGCCAAGUCAUAGCACAGGCUCAAGCUGCAGUAGCUUCUAAACAAUCAUCUGUGGAAACAGAACUAUCAUCCCUGAGAGAGAAUUAUUCUCAUCAGGCUAUUGCUGCCCAAGGAACAUCGUUUUUUGAUCAACCUUCAACCCCCGGAGGUACUGCAGGUUUAAGUUGGCAAGGAAAUAAUCAGUUGCCGAGCCCAUUUGGAAUACUACCUCAUGAAAGUGUUGUGCCCUCAUCACCUAGCCCUGCAACAACAAAAGCAGGAGCUACAUAUGAGAAUUUUAAUGCUCAUUUUGCUGCAGCUCAAAGUUUAAAUAAUCACAUUAAUUCACAAAUUACCAAUGCUGGUAAACCAACAAAUAGGUCUGGCUCUCCAGCAAAUGCAAGUAAACAACCCGUCUCUUCAGCAUCUACAACAUUUUUUCAAUCUCCAUCAAGUUACGGAAAUCAAAGUGACAAUUCAUAUAGUACAAGUGGUUCUAAAAGUGCACUCUCAUCACAACAGGAUUAUGCGGGAAGUAAGUCAUAUUCGAGUUCUGCAAGUUCCACUGCUCAUUCACAGCAAUCUUGUAUAGUGUCAACUCCACCUGUAACCUCAUCCCCGACUCCUACGAGUAAAGAUUUCCGUUCAUCAUCAUCCAAUACUUCCCGUCCAUCUGCUUCUAUUUAUAAUUCCCAAUCUCCAAAAAGUACUUCUAGUGAAAAACUGCGACCUACGAGUAGUAUUAGUGGCUUUGUAUCCCCAUCCAAACCACCUCAGGUUCAGACUAAAGCUCAAAGCAAAGUUUACCCUGAGAUAAACAGUGAACAAAGAAAAAGUUGUGAAUCUAUUGAUAAAUUGCAACCACAGUCUUCCCCAAUAAGCUAUUCUAUCAUGGAUGCCCCCGGUAGAUUAAGUUUCAACAAUUCUAAUGGAAGCUCUAAAUCAAAUAGAAUAGGAAAUGCCCCAUACUCAUCUUCUCAAACUUCUAGUUUUCGGCACUAUCAAAGUGGGAACAAUGUUGAAACAGAUUAUCAUGUGAGAGCUAAAAGCAGUUCUAGUACUGACACUGGCUACUCAAGUAGUAGUUCUCAAAAUGGUCCUGAUUGUAGUAUAGGAGCAGCCAAACGGCAAAGUCCCUUGCAUUCUGCUCCACAGACAUCACCAUUAGGUCAUAGAUCAAGCCCUGCAUAUCCCAUCUACCACAGUCCUAUGAAUUCUAUACAUUCACCUCAACAACAUGUCGCGGAGCACUAUAGUAAAGUUAAUAAUACUGCUCCUAGGUCUCCUUUAGAUGCAUCAAUAUCACGGCCACCAUCACAAAAUAGUCAAGUAGCUUAUCCUUCAGUUAUCACUCGAGCCCUAGGUAUAGAACAAGCUAAGUCUUUUAAUGAAAAUCGCUAUGAACGUAACCAGAACUCUGCACCAAACUGUUGGGAGUCUGAGAGGCAAAGAAAGUAUGCUAGUAGUAGUAAUAAUUCUAGUGGUAACUCUAAUAAUAAUUUUAGUAGUAUAGCGGAAAGUAAUACUCAAAAUGUAAAGUCAUUAUCUCAAUCUCAAAAUUCUAUGGAAAGAACGUUAGGUUUAAAUGAAAAACAUAAUUCCUUUGAUGGUAAUAAUGUUGCAUUACAAGAUUUAUCUAGUUGUCGUGGUGACCCUAUGAGCAUAGUUAAGAAUUUACAAAGCUUACAACAAAGUUGCCAAGUACAAGAAUCAAAAGCAAGUAAAAACCAAACACCAGUAGCAACUCCUGUUCCUGUAGCUAAAGUUACCAGAAGGAAAAGUACAGAAAAGCCUAUUUCCCAUUCAAAUGAACUUUCAAACGCAGCUGUAAUGGCAGACUAUUUAGCAAGUAGAAUACCACCCCCUGCACAUAGUUCCACAAGUAAUCAACAACAAAAUGGAAGUUUUUUUGACUUUGAACGGUGGAACCUUCCACCACCUCCUCCAAAAAUGUUUCCUGGCACAUCUGCUUUUGGUUCUCAAGCACCUCUACAUGCCACAAAUUUUAAUCAACAUCAAGCUCUUGCAAUGCAACAUGGGCAUGCAUUGACAUACUUUCCUACAUUUCACUUAGGUCCUCAUCCAGAUUUCCAAUCCUCUGUGGAGUUAACACCUUUAUCAUCAUUCAGUGAAACUCCACCUUCGGCUUCCUCAUCAUCGUUUUCAACGCCUGAAACUCGUGAAGAGGAACAGCCUAAGGUGGUAGUGCCCAAUAUAGAGGAAGAACUUGGUUUCCUUGCAGAACAACGAGCAAAUUCUGCGUCGUCGGUAGCACCCACUUCACAGCAGCCGAACUUAAACAGUGCUUCCCAAGACACUACUUCGAAAAUUAUGGAAAAAAAAUUCAAUGUCCCAGUCACGGGCCCGGGGUCAGGCUUCAUGGCUUCUUAUUUAAAAUUUUUACAAGGAGAGCGGGAUACGUCUCCACCGCCGGCCGGCCGAGGCGCUAGAAAAUCCACUUGGUCGCGAUCGAAUACGAAUAGUAACACAGUUAAUAAUAAAAUAUACAACCCGAGUGAGGCCCAAAAAAACCAAUGUGACGUAAAUUCAACUCAAAGUGCAAAUGGUGCCAUGGCCUCUUCGAACGUUUUAAACACAGCUAUGAGCCUUAAUCCUGGCAUGAGUCCAGCGCCAAGUAUGAAUACGGCAGGGCUGCUGGGCGCCAAUCAACUUCCAGGGGCGAAUCUUCUGGGUUCACAAGCGAAGGGCGUCGAAAUCGAUGACCCCAGAUAUUACCAUUUGAAUAAAGACAGAAAACGAAAGUACGAUGGCUCCGAAGAGGCCACUUACGAUGCAGAAGAGGAAGCGAGACGGUUAAAUAAGCCCGUGUUGAAUGUGCCCAGUACGCCGUUAAACGAUAAAGCGAAAAAAGGUAGAUCGACCGCGAUUAAUAAGGCUACGCCAUCCGCCGUAGUAGCGCCCCAGCCGGCCCCGCCCAAGAAGCCGCGACCGCCCGCCCCGGCGCCCGUGGCCACUCUGCAGGCUGUGCCGCAGCAACAGUACUAUUACCAACAUCAGCCCGAAGAAGGUGCUCACUCAGGUUUGGGUUAUGGGGUGUACGGAGCAACGGAGAACGAUGCAAACUCAAACAGGAAAUUACACAACAUAAAAUCUCACCAGCAGAUUCCUAACACUGGCCAAAUUGAUAAUACGCGGCCAAUCGAAGAGAUGCCUUAUCAGUCUGGAGAAUUUGUAGCGCUGAAAAGUGAACUGACCGAAAUGUGGCCGACGAUAUGGAGGGUAGAUGGUAAAACUUUAUUACAGAAAUAUGAACCCUUUGAAGACAAUGGAAAAGUAUUAUACAGAAAUAUAUCAACGUAUUCAGUUUGGAAUCCCGAGAACAAGAAACUCUACAUUCAAGUCCAAGUGAAAAUCCGGUCCCAAACGCAUUUGGAAACAAUAGUGGAAUUAAUAAGAAGCGAUUUGCAAGUUGACGAUUGUCACUUUAUAGAGAAGAGAAUGUUAGAGACUCAAAUGUAUCAAGAGAACUUUGAAGUGUAUAUACAAACGUUAAUAUCACAUGCGUUAGAUCCCAAUUUCCUUACAGAGAUAUUCCAAGAACAAGAUGAAUACUUCUUGUCGAACGUGAAGACGGUAGACGAGGUGACGGAAACCAUGCGGUCGCGGGUGUCCAGCGGUGUCUGUGGGGGAAGCGGAGGUGCGCGUUCGUUGGACGCGGCUGUAGGUACGUGGCCAGGGUUGAGCGUCGCUGCUGGCAAUGGUGUGUGCCGCGCUUGCGUCCGCCCAGCCGUCGCUCGGUUACUGCUCUACGGACAGCCGUAUAACCCUGCCACGUUGGAACCCGUUCAGCCGGAUGCCAGGCUCGCUUACGAAAAGGAGUUCUUGGUUUGUGCGGCUUGUUGCGGGCGCGUGCAGCUAUACUCAAAGAUAUCGCAUCAGAAGUACCUCAUGUACGCGGAGUGCAGUAAACGUGUCGCCGAAAAGCGAAUGCAGAACCCCAGUAAAGACACCACUGCGAUACUAAACGAGUUGCUCGCCGAUGAACCGUGGCUGUCCCAGUUAUUCCGCGACGUUCGGCAUUCCUGGGCGGAGGCGGAGUCGUGGGAGAGGAAAAUGAGGCACGCAAUGUCAAGACAAAUGAUUUAA